GGCAACCCGCUCGGGUCCCCUUCCACACUGUGGGAGCUUUGUUCUUUCGCUUUUGGUGAUAAAUCUUGCUACUGCUCACUCUGGGUCCACACUGCUUUUAUGAGCUGUAACACUCACCGUGAAGGUCUGCAGCUUCACUCCUGAAGCCAGCGAGACCACAGCCCACCGGAAGGAAUAAACAACUCCAGACGUGCCGCCUUAAGAGCUGUAACACUCACUGCGAAGGUCUGCAGCUUCACUCCUGAGCCAGCGAGACCACGAACCCACCAGGAGGAAGAAACUCCGAACACAUCCCAACAUCAGAAGGAACAAACUCCAGACAUGCCACCUUUAGAACUGUAACACUCACCUCGAGGGUCCGCGGCUUCAUUCUUGAAGUCAGUGAGACCAAGAACCCACCAAUUCCGGACACACUGGGACCCUGCAUGACAGUGUGGCAGCUCUACACCUGUGUGGCUUGUCAUGGAUUCUGCCACACCACACAGUGGAUUAGGAUGCCUUGUUCCUUCACGUUCACUGGGCCAUUUCUACCAGGGGACAAUUAGCAAAAUGGAGUCUCGCACUGUUGCCCAGGCUGGAGUGCAGUGGUGUGAUCUCGGCUCACUGCAACCUCCGCCUCCCAAGAUGUUUGCAGUGGUCCAGAAGAAGCAGAUUUCCUAUCAGAUCUUUUCCAAUCACUUCAAGGAAAAUAAGGUGGAGAUAGCAAAUGCAAUAACAAAGCCAUUUCCUUUUCUUGAAAGCCUCAGAGACAAUUCCUUUAUCACUGAAAAAACGUGUAUUAGACAGCAUCUCACUCGGUGGCCCAGGAUGGAGCAAAAUGGCACAAUUAUGGCUCACUGCAGCCUAGAUCUCCUGGGCACAAGCGAACCUCUCACCUCAGCCUCCCGGGUAACUGGGAGAUUACAGGAUUUUCAAGAAGCCUGUAUAAACUUGAUUCCUAUACAGAGAGUUGUGUACCAGGUUCUCUGCCACCUGGAGAAGGUGUUUGAUUGUUCAGUUCUGUCAGUCCUGUUCAGCAGGAUUAACCUGAAGGAGUAUCCUGAUUUAAUUGAGAUUCACAAAAGCUUCAAAAAGGUGCUCCCCUUUUCCCAGAAAAGGGAUGGAAAAGAGACAACAAAAAUGCCCAGCUUGCAACCAAGCUGUAAACAAGGGGCCAUCCAUUCUGGAACCAGAACAGAAACAUCUGAGCCUGUCUGGGGUGUGAAGUCAACCUAUAUAAAGCCAGAACGUUCUAUCCUUGGCCCAGGUGAUGCUCUUGGAACACAGCAAACAAACACAUGCACCCAAGUAGUGCCUAGGGAACUCGAGGCUCUCCAAGUAAAAAAGGAGAGAGGGUCAGAAGAGAUGCCCAGCAGACUGCCACAUGGUAGACAAGGUUCAUAGGCUGAAGGAUCUUACCUUGUCUCAUGAGAAUUUGGACUAUGGACUUUUGUGUUAAUGCUGAAAUGAGUUAAAACUGGGGGACUGUUGACUAUUGAGAAGGGAUCAUUGUAUUUUGCAAUGUGAGAAGGACAUGAGAUUUGGGAGGGGCCAGGGAGGAAUUAUAUGGUUUGGAUUUGUGUCCCUGCCCAAAUCUCAUGUUGAAUUGUAAUCCCCAGCAUUGGAGGAGAUUCCUGGAGGAAGGUGAUUGGAUCAUGGGGGAGGACAUCCUGCUUGGUGUUCUCAUGAUAAUGAGUGAGUUCUCAUGAGAUUUGGUUUUUUAAAAGUGUGUAGCACUCCCCCCUUCACUCUUGCUCUCCUGCUUCACCAUGGUAAAAUGUACUUGCUUCCCCUUUGCCAUCUUCCAUGAUUGUAAGUUUCCUGAGGCUUCUUGGCUAUGCCUCCUUUAUAGCCUGUGGAACUGUAAGUCAAUUAGACCUCUUUUCUUCAUAAAGUACCCAGUCUCAGGUAGUCCUUUAUAGCAAUGUGAGAACAGACUAAUACACAGGUGAUCAGGCCUACUGUGGUAUACUUUAAAAAAUACGUAGUUGAUCUUUGUCCCCAGUUCCUGGCACCAUGUCCCUAAAACUCUUGGAAAUUCCACAAUGAUGGGUGCCUUUUAAGUACCAACCAUGUGAUUGGAAGAUUAGAAUUUUCAACCCCAAACCUUGACGUCUGGGGAGAAGAGAAGGGCAGAAGAUUGAGGUCAAUUGCCAGUGGCAAGUGAUUUAAUCAAUCAUGCCUACAUAAUGAAACCUUGAUAAAAACCCCUGAACAACAGGGUUCAGGGAGCUUCUGAAUCGGUGAAUACAUUUAUGUGUUGGAGGUGGGGUUGAGGCUCACCUGAAGAGGCCAUGAAAGCUCUGUCCCUCCUUCCCCACCUUGCCCUAUAUUUGGUUCUUCCUGAGGUUUUAUUUUUUUCCAUGCAACAAAACUUUUACUAACAUUUUGAGCAGGUCCAACUGUUUACUGAAACUGGUAAUUUCCAAACUUAAGUUGGGACAAAUGGCUAUAGUGCAGAGUAAUGCCAUCACUGGGCACUGCAAAUGCAAGAGUGAAGAAUUAACGUGGAUCACUUGAAGUCAGGAGUUCGAGACCAGCCUAGCCAACAUUGUGAAACCCCAUCUCUACCAAAGAAAAAAAAAAUAACCAGCUGUGGUUGUACACGCCUGUAAUCCCAGCUACCAGGAGGCUGGGGAUGCCUUCUUUAUCCUGGAUCUUGGCCUUCAUAUUUUUCAUUUCUCAUGGUGUCCCUGGGCUCCACCUCCAGGGUGAUGGUCUUGCCGAUCAAGGUCCUCAUGAAGAUUUUCAUUUUGACCUGUGAGCAGAUAUGAGGAUGCUACGAAUUGCCAGUCACAUCCAGCCACCAGAACACCUCCACACACUCACUCAACAAAGCCAGUCAUCCCUCAGUUGUGUUCUUUAUAAGAACACUACCUUAUAAUCAUAAGUAGAAUACUUUCUGAGUUCUGUGAGUCAUUCUAAGGAAUUACCCAACCUGAGGGAAGUCCUGUGAACCCCUAAAGUUGUAGUCUUCUCCACAGAAAUGUGGGUGGCCUGGUCACCCCAUUCAUGAUUGUUAUCUAUGGUAAGGCAGUCUUGUGGGACUGACAUCUUAGCCUGUGGGGUCAAUGCCAACUCUGGGUAGUAUCAGAGUUAGCAUUGACCCCAACUUUCAGAGAUUUGGGUAGGCUAUGUUAUAUUAAAUAGACCCUGAACAUUUGUAAUUGCUAAAAUAAAUAAUUAAAUUGAAUUGUUGGAUACUCAGUUGGUUUCAGAGAAGUUAAAGAACUGAUUGGUUUUGGAAGAAUAUGUUUGUUAUUGGAAAAGAUGCCACACAUUUGGUGUCAGAAAAAAACACAUACAUAUUCAUAUUGAUGUCCUUCCUUUAUGUAUUGAUUUCCACCCCAAACAACCCUCAUCAUCUAAAGAUCACAAAAAAGUAAUUUUUGGGCCAGGACCGGUGGCUCACGCCUGUAAUCCCAGCACUUUGGGAGGCUGAGGUGGGCAGAUCACGAGAUCAG